UGAGGCGCUGGUAGCCCGCACACGAGGCUGGAAAACAACUUUAUGCACCUGCCAGCGCGUUAUUUCGGGAGUAAAGUGGUUUGGACAUCCUGCGUAGCGCACGCCUUUUACGCAGCAGGAGGAUAACUUCGGUCUGAAGGGGGUGGGAAUAUUAGUUGUGUGUGUGUUUCAGUAUACGUGUGUGUGUUUACGCCUCUUUUUUAAAAUCAUCAAACAGGCUACAACUCCAACACCCCUGUCCUGUGUUUUCCCCUAUGUCGCGAAAGUCGGGCGACCAUGACUACAAUCUCCGUAGUAUGAGCAACCUGAUGGGCGAGCGGAGGAAGAAAGUGAACGACGGAGGAGAGCGGAGUCUCAUCAAAGCUCCGUCCAGCGCCAGCAUCAGCAGCCAGGGCGCCUCCGCCUCCGCCUCCGCCACCGGGACCCUCUCCGGGGCCAGCGCCUCCUCCACCGGGGACUUGGAGAGGGCUGCCCGCAAGCAGUUCCAGCAGGAUGUCACACCAGGCUUCGUAUACGUCCUGGCGGUCUUCUCCGCCCUGGGGGGCUUCCUGUUCGGCUACGACACCGGGGUGAUCUCCGGGGCGAUGCUCCUGCUGAAGAGGGAGCUGGAUCUGAGCGCCCUGUGGCAGGAGCUGCUCAUAUCAAGUACUGUGGCCGCGGCCGCGCUGUCAGCCCUGCUGGGCGGCUUCCUCAACGGGCUCUUCGGGCGCAGAGUCUGCAUCCUGCUGGCGAGCUUCUUCUUCACCGUCGGCGGGAUCGUGCUGAGCGCCGCCCCCAGCAAGGAGGUGCUCCUGGUGGGGAGGCUCAUCGUCGGAGUGGGGCUUGGCAUCGCCUCCAUGACGGUGCCGGUGUACAUCGCCGAGGCCUCGCCGCCGCACCUCAGGGGUCAGCUGGUGACCGUCAACACCCUGUUCAUCACCGGGGGGCAGUUCACCGCCAGCCUCAUCGACGGGGCCUUCAGCUACCUGCGGCGUGACGGAUGGAGGUACAUGCUGGGUCUGUCCGUGGUCCCUGCCAUGCUCCAGUUCCUGGGUUUCCUCUUCCUGCCAGAGAGCCCUCGCUGGCUGAUCCAGCGCGGCCUGACCCAGAAGGCCCGCCGCGUGCUCAGCCAGAUCCGAGGCAACCAGAACAUCGACGAGGAGUUCGACAGCAUCAAGAACAGCAUCGAGGAGGAGGAGAAGGACUGCGGAGGAGAUGGCCCGGUGAUCUGGCGGAUGCUGACCUACCCGGCCACUCGCCGAGCCCUCCUGGUCGGCUGCAGCCUUCAGAUGUUCCAGCAGCUUUCGGGCAUCAACACCGUCAUGUACUACAGCGCCACCAUCCUGCAGAUGUCGGGGGUUCGGGACGACAGACUGGCCAUCUGGCUGGCUGGGCUCACCACCCUCACCAACUUCCUGUUUACCCUGCUGGGGGUGUGGCUAGUGGAGAGGGUGGGGCGCAGGAAGCUCACCUUGGGCAGCAUCAUCGGUACAUGCCUCAGCUUGGCUCUGCUGGCCGUUGGUUUCCUGAUGUCUGCCCAGCACAGUCCUCCUGUCACCUUCCACCCACUGGACCCUGCUAUGGCCAACUCCACCUGCUCUAAAUACCAGCUGUGUGAGCCGUGCAUGCUGGACCCUGGAUGUGGUUUCUGUUACCGUGAGAACGGCUCGGCGCUCGUCACCUCCUCCUGCGUGCCAGUCAAUACGGCCUCCACCGAGCAGGCAGCAUGGGGCAGAUGCUCCAACUCCAGCCAGAUGAGAGAGCAGACUUACUGGGCCUACAACUACUGUCCCACCUCGUACUCGUGGCUGGUUUUACUGGGCCUGGUGCUCUACCUGGCUGCCUUCGCUCCAGGGAUGGGUCCGAUGCCGUGGACCAUCAACUCAGAGAUCUACCCUCUGUGGGCGAGGAGCACAGGCAACGCUUGUUCAGCCGGAGUCAACUGGACGUUCAACAUCCUGGUGUCCCUCACUUUUCUGCACAUGGCUCAGUAUCUCACCUACUACGGGGCGUUCUUCCUCUACUCCAGCCUGGCCCUGCUGGGUUUCCUCUUCACCUACGGCUGCCUGCCAGAGACCAAAGGUCGGCGUCUGGAGGAGAUCGAGGCGCUGUUCGAGAACCAGCUCUGUUCCUGUGGCGCCACCGACUCAGACGAGGGGCGGCAGGUCGAGUACAUCCGGGUCAAAGGGUCGAACUACCACCUAUCAGACAACGACGCCUCCGAUGUGGACUAGAACGAGUUUCAGAUUUGAUGAUCUCCCUCUGGGUGUUUCAGUAACUUCAGUGAUUAGUGAAGCAUGCAGAAUGCUGGGGUUUAUAGGAAUCGGCGCUUACAAGGCCUCUUGUUGAUAUUUGUAGUGCGAGUGAGUUCACUUUCAAUUCAGUCAAUUCAGGAAUCCCAAUAAAUGACAAUGCAUUUAUCAGAAAGAGAAUGAAUGUUGUGCUUUAAGCUUACCUUUCUGAAUCGAAGGUGAACUGACGCCAAACCUGGAGCGGACCCUGCUUUAGUAAACAGAUGAAUUCUCAACAAAGCACCAGAGUUAUAAAGGAAGGCUACAAUAUUGCCUUAUCCGCACAAUAUUAUAUGUAGGUGUAAAUCUUUUCCUUUUAGCUGACGUCUUUAUCCACAGCGACUUGUCGUAGGUAAGUAGGUAGAGACAGUGUCUUACUCGAGAUAUGGACAACUAGACAGGAAAUGUGACUGUUGAACAUACUCUGAAUGUACAAAAUGUUAGGGAGGCUCAUUUUUUCCAUCAAGUACACUGACGAGAAGAAUCCAACUAAAAGCCAUUAUUCCUUAUCGAUCUCCCUUAUUAAAUCUCUACCAAACACAAAGGAGGAGAUGCAGAUAAAGAGCA